AUGCUGGAAGUCUUCCCAAAGCCAUGGUCAGAUGCCAGUUCACUUUCAGUUUGGAAAGGCAAGAUGGCGUGAAGCUGUGGCAUAAUUGAGAAUUCUGCCCUUGAAGGGGGGGCAUGAGGCUGAAGAUGAUUGAUUGAUUACAACAUGAAGAGAAGGACCAAUAUGAACAAAUAUUUCACACAGUAAGUUACAGGAUAUAAACUCCGCUUGCAAAUUAAUGGAUUUGGAAUAGCUAAAUACAAACGAAAGUCAUCACACCAGUGACUGUUAAAAUAAAGAAUUAAGAUCAGAACUGUGGUACUUGGAUUAACUAAGAGAACUGGAGCAGGACCAAGGAAUAACAUCAUCAUCUCCUGAUAAUCAGAACACGGGAAGUCACCCCAAAUUGUUUUAUUCGGAACUGGAUAAUUGGCUCUUCUAAUUGUAUUGUGAUUUGGUAUUGUAUUAAUGUGGCUUAUAUUGGAUUGCUAUUAAUGAAGAAUUAAUAAAAAAUUAUUUAACAAAUAAAACUGUCUCCAUGUGGGGUGCAACUGAACUGUUGGGAAAAGCCACUUCCGACAUAAGGAGGAGGUGGUGUUGGGGGCUCACGCCCCCAACACACACGCGGAGGCUGGCUUCAGCCCCCGCGCGAACAGGGGAAUCUUCGGGGCCGCGUCAUCCCCUGAGCCAGCCAAUCAGCUGGCUCUGGGGGCAUGGCUUGCCUCAUUUAAGGCAAGUACGGCCCCGGGAUCUCCCUCUUUGGGUCUGCUCAGCUGGUAAGGUUUUCCCACCUGCCCACCCUCUAAGGUUCCCCUUUCGACCUUGCUAUGGACCUUGGUUGGUUGCCAUUAAGGGGCCUGGUAGGAAAUUUUUCCACUUGGCAAAUUAGCACAGGCCAUUUGGUUUUUCACCUACCUCGUAGCAAAUUGUCACAACUCACUUGGUCUUGGCGAUUAGGCAUUGGUAGGGGUACUGUUGGGGGGGGAGGAGUGCCAUCACCUCCCCCAAAUAUUGAAGAGUAGUCCGGUAAAGGAUUCCGGGGGGCAUGGCCUCAUCCGAAGCCUAUGGAGGCCAGGGUCUAAAGUGCGCCCCCAAGCGGUGACCCUGGGGGAGUCCCUAGUUGAUGUGCAUCAGCAGGGCUCCCCCUGCUGGUGUUAACCCUUCCCGGUCUUCAAGCAAGCAGACUGAAGCCGGGUAGUCUGAUAGGACCAAUGCCUAAGCCAAUACCACUCUUUACCUGUAACCAAUAAAGUUGUGGCCUAAUUUCGCCCAUUAACCUUAAAUAUCUGUGUCACGUGUCUUUAUUUCUACUGGUGGGAGGUGGGAACUCACCAUGCAACUGAGGAAGCUGCAUCCACUUGGGUACCAGUCCAUUAAAAACAAACCUAUGUAGGUGAUGUCAGCAGGUUUCAGGAACUUCCUUCAUUGUGAGAUUUGGGGGGUGAUUUGUGAGUUUGUUUGGGCCCUCAGUGAGAGCCAGCAUGGAGGCAUGGAGUCCUGAAAGCCAGGAUGCUGAGGGGUGCUGAGUGGAGAGACACUUAAGCAGUAGAAGGAAAUGUUAUAUACAGAUUGAUUUAUUAGUAAUUUGUGUUAAAUGUUUUAUUUUUUUUGUAACAUUCAUUAUUUUGGUUGUCUAUUGUUGAUUUAGUUUUCUGUACUCCACUUAGAGAUGUAGAAAUUAUCUUAAUAAAUAAAAUAAAAAGUAAGGUUUUUCCAGUCCAUUUGGAAAUGUUGGGGUUUUUUGGGACUCCAGUUUUGUCUCUGCCCACCAGAACCAUGUGGCCCCUGGAAGGCUGCUCAGAAAGGAAUAUGGUCCUUCAGGUGAAAAAGGUUCCCCAUCCCUAACACAAUUCAUUAUUUAAACCAUUAGUUGUGAUAAUACUGUUACAUGCUACCCAUCCCCCUGAGCAGUGAGGGUGUUGCUUGCUGCUGAGUUUUGAUUUCAUGGAGUGAGAAAACAGUGGAGACUUGUGGUAUAAUAUCUGGUUUAUGUACAAUCAGAGGUGCAGAGCACCGUGGAAGCAAGUAGACAUCUAUGGCAGGUAGCAAAAUAACUGUUUCGGCAAGCAAGCAGCACUGGGCUUUAUAUUGUCAAAACCAACUCCAGCAGAAAAUUCUGCCUCUGUCUGCAUCUCUCUGUCUCUGUCCAAAUUCAUAGUUGUCACUUUCCCUCUGGGUUGGACCAAUCCCCCCCUCCCUCCAGUUUUGUGAAAAUAGUCUCCCUGUGGAAAUGUGUGUGUUAUCUUGCUAUUUUCUACUGCUUUUUGGAGGUGAGAGAAAUUUCCCCAAAGAUUUUGGGAGGCAGUUAUUGCUGAACUUACAGGUCUCCCCAGAAGGUGUGACCAAAAAGAUGCUGCAGAGAGAGCCUCACAUUACUAACUGCAUUUAUUGGGAUACCUUGGGAGCAACAUAAUGUGGCAUCACUCAAGGGAUGCAAGAAGGUGUCAUUUUCCAUCCCACCUUGUGUCACAUGAAGCACUGUUUCCAUUCCACUGUCCUUUGUUUUCUGCCAAAAACAACAUUAUUUGUCUCACUGUCUGCUGUGACAAAAUUGCACAUAUUAUAUUGGCAUUCCACCCCAUUAAUUUCAAUGCAAAUGAUGCAAUCCAGUGUGGGGGGGGGGAUCAAUUACAUAUCAUUUGUGGAAUGAAAACAGCAGCUGGAUUGAUUCCCAUUCUGGACAUGGGAUGAAGAAACCAUUUCUACUCCCUUUUCCGUUUUUGGUAAUGUUCUCCCACAUCCCUACAUCAGUCCCCAAGGUGUUCCAUGAAGUGUGACCUAUGGGAAGCUGCAGAGAGAACAUUCAUUAUCCCGUGAGAAGCUUUUUCAAAAGUUGAAAUAGCAAGGGAGGAAAACAGAAGCCUUAGCCACCUCCUACAGUUAAGUCAGGAUAACAGCAUUCUCCCCCCUCCUCAAAAAAUAAAUAAAUCUGGAGGGUUUCAUUGCAUUCUUGUUCAUUUCACAAACGGUCAAAAAAGAAAUUUCAAAAUGUUCACACAGCUCUGUUUUUACAAACUGGACAGAGAUGCCAGACCAUUAAGGAAUAUUAACAUUCCUUUGUUAAGUAGCUGACCAGACAAGAGUUUGUCAGGUGAUAUCAUUCCAGUAUGUAAAUUCAUGCUAAUAAACGCAGCCAAAUUUCUAAUAAUAACAUGUAUUAUAAUGCAGUGUCCAAAAUGAAUUUUCUGAGCAUGUGCAAAUGGACACUAUUCCCUGCUUUUCAGACCUAUAUGCAAGUGAAUGGUGACAAUCACAUUUUAGGUGACUGUCAACAUUUACUUCUGAAUCUUGUCAGUUUUUAGACAUUUACAAAAUUUGUCUGGGAUUGUCACCAAAUUUCAGGCAUUCACUGUAACAUAUGUUAAACUGAUAAUGGCUGCAGAACCAUCUGUUGCAGCAAUGGGGAGACAUAAUGUAAGAUUAUACAUUUUGGGAAUCAUCAGUCACAACUGAGCACCAUUAAGCUUCAAUGGAAGGAUUUAAGUAUGAGAGCAGUGGGGUAUAAAACUCGGGAUGUGCGCUGUGUUUGGUCAAAUCAUGAACCAAAUCAGGUCAAUUUUUUGUCAUAUACAGAUCAAUCUGAAGAUCCUAAAAAUUAGCAAAGGGCAGAUUGGCUUGUUCUGAAUGUAUUUGCAGAGGUUUGUGCAGAUCUGUAGCUCAAAAUAGCCGCUCAGAAAGCCAGACAAAGAGUGUGUUCAAAAUGUUGCCAUAAUUCACUGUGAGUAUAACACAGUGCAACUAAUUCUGAUGCAUUCUGUCCACAGGUCUUAAGCGGAGCUAUACCUGUAACAUCUGCAAUGUCACUCUAAACUCCAUAGAACAGUAUCACGCGCACCUGAAGGGGUCCAAACAUCAGACCAAGUGAGUAACCCUUUGUUGGCUGGCUGGCUGGGUGUGACAUUUUGGUGAGUAAGUCUGAGAGAGGGGGCAUAAGGGCACUGCCCCCCCCCAUCUUCAAUCAGAUCUAUUUUGGAAAUUAGGGUUGUGCCCUUGACUUUUGAGAAUCAUCAUAAUGGAGAGACAGGCAUGGAGGAAAGUUUUUGGAUUGCAUUCUCAAAUACAGGAAACCUAAGAUGGGUUUUCCUAGCAAGAGAGAGAUUUAGACAUUUAAAAACAGGAAAGUAGACAGCUGCGCAAGUUGGCUUCCACUGCAUUUAGAGAUUUGAACCCAAGGGAAAUCUGGGAACAAAACAAAAGCAUACAUUUUUGAGAGUAUCUCAAAACAUGCUGGGAACCAAUUUCCUUGUUUACCUGUCAUUCCACUUUUCACUUUUCCUGUAGUUCUAUUUUGAUCCUCUCUCUUGCGUGAGUGAGAGAGGUUUCGAACUGCUACAUGGUGUAGCUCUCCUGGAAUCACUUCAGAAUGUAGCAGAAGGAGCCAUGUACUUGGAAGCUUUCUUUCUUCAUAAUGCCAGGCACAUGGGAGAGAAGGUUAAGGCUGAGUCUUUCUUCUUGACAUGCUAACUUGUCACAGACAGAAAGGCUGUGGGAAGGGUUGUUGCCAAAACAUUAGAGCUAUGUGUAAGCAGCAUCUCAAAUGUUAUCCACCCUGUUGGUGUCAGAGAAAUCAGGAGGAUCAUUUCACUAAAUUUCUCCAGGGGAAGAGAAAUACUCUAGCAGUUGCUCAGAGGUGGAGUUCACCAUUAGAAAAUGCCAUAGCACAGCUUCUUUUUAAUAUAAGGUUUUCUUUUUAAGAGCACAAGCUUCAUUUGUCCAGUGAGUUUCUGGGCCCAAUUCAAGUCAUUAGUAAAGGUAAAGGUAAAGGUAAAGGGACCCCUGACCAUUAGAUCCAGUCGUGACUGACUGGGGUUGCGGCACUCACCUUGCUUUAUUAGCCGAGGGAGCCGGCAUACAGCUUCCGGGUCAUGUGGCCAGUAUGACUAAGCCGCUUCUGGCGAACCAGAGCAGCGCACGGAAAUGCUGUUUACCUUCCCGCCGGAGGGCAAGUAUUUAUCUACUUGCACUUUGACGUGCUUUCGAACUGCUAGGUUCACCCUGUCGCGGGAUUCGAACCACCGACCUUCUGAUCAGCAAGUCCUAGGCUCUGUGGUUUAACCCACAGCGCCACCCGCGUCCCAAGUCAUUACUACUUGCAUGCAAACUCCAAAAUAGCUUGGAAUCCAGGUACCUAAAAGAUUGCCUCCCCCAGUAUCAACCAUCUUGGACCGUAUGGCCGGCAGAUGAGCCCCUGUUGGCAGUCGUGUCACUUGGGACUCAGCUAUACAGCUGCAAAUAAAACGUUUUAAGUGUGUUUUAAGUGCGAUAUAUAUUGUGACACUAGAUGGCCUUAUGGAAAAUUCAAUGUAUUUUUUAAAAACGCUUUUUAAAAAGCAUUUUCAGAAUAGUUUUUAUAUGUGUGUAGAUUCCACCUUAGUGUUGUCCGGUUGGUGCUGACCCAUGAAUGGGCCUUAGGGUUCUUAGUGGUCCCCUGAUUAUGGAGCGCCCCUCAUGGUGAGGUACAUCUGUCCCUUCAUUAUUAGCAUUCAGGGGCAUUUAUAAAUGUCCUUGAUGGUUGUUCAUUUGAUGGCUAAAAUAUGCAAUUUCUGGCAACCUGUUUCCAAAGAUUAGGCCAUUCUUAAAUGUUUUUAAAUGUUUUGAUUUAGUUUAUUUUUACUGAAAUGAUGAUGAUCCAGUGCUAAAGUUUGAGUUUCCCCUGGGGGAAAGAGGCAGGUCAAAUGGAGGUGUGUAUAAGCCCUCAGUGCUACUCUGGUUUUAAUUUCAGUUGGAAAUUUGGAUUACCAAAUACCUGGUGGAAAGCCAUACAUGUGCUAUAUACUUUUAUUGUUCAUUUAUUUAUUUUUCUCUGUUGUUAAAACCCUGCAAUUGUGCAAUGAUGAAAUUUGGGCUCGUCCCCUAAGCUUGUUUGUGUGUACAGGUAUCAGGAGAUGGAAAUUUCUAUGGUCUGUUUGGCACUUCAUGAAAACUUAAAGAGAACUUUGAAAUAACAGUUUUAUGUUCUCCCCACCCCCCACCCCAUAAUUUGUAAAAUCCCACUAUUUCACUGUUUCAUCAGUUGACCAUUUUAAGUCAGCCCCCGUGGGUUUUUUAGGGAGCAUGAAGCAGGUGCUCCCAGCAUGGCCUGGACUGCCAUGGCAGGAUCCUUCACCCUCCACACCCCACACCCUGGCACAUGCACACACCCCAGACACACGUUCCCACUCCGAGUGCCGUGAGUUGACGCAACACCACUGAGCUCCACUUCUGCUUAAGGUUUCUCACUUUGCCUUUGGCAAAGGAAAACAUCACAUGCACCAAUAAUCUUCCCUUUCUGCUCUCUUGCAAAGAAAGAACCUUUCUUUUCUUAACAUGUUCUAUAUUUUUUCACUUGCAAUUUCCUCUGCACACCUCACCUUUCCUCAGCAUCUAUGAAUAUGAAAGGCCUUGACUAGAUCCCCCUCACUGCAUUUUUAUUCCUUCCAUUCUUCAGACAAUGCAAACGAUUUCUCUCUCAGCUUUUUUGCCUCUGAGCCAAAGCAGCAGUGACUGUUCUGUUAAGAGGAAGUUGACCUUCACUUCAAAGAGAUUUAUAAAAAGUUAGCCUACCUUAAAUUGGAUUUCUGGACAUGAAUGUGGACAGGGUUUAAAAAAUGAAGAAAUCUGAGCUAUUAUGACCCCCUUCCCUAGCCACUACACUGGUUACAUAAUUUGUUCUGGAGGUCCGUUCUUAACCUGAAACUGUUCUUAACCUGAAGCACCACUUUAGCUAAUGGGGCCUCCCACUGCUGCUGCGCCACCACCGCACGAUUUCUGUUCUCAUCCUGAAGCAAAGUUCUUAACCCGAGGUACUAUUUCUGGGUUAGCGGAGUCUGUAACCUGAAGCGUAUGUAACCCGAGGUACCACUGUAUCUGCCUGCUGGUUGUGGAGAAGGGGCAAUAUGAAGAAAGCACCUGAUGUUGUAGAAGGUGGUCCUUCCAGUGUCUGGACCCCAAGCUGUUGGGGGCUUAAUUGACGUAAUCACCAGCACUUUGAUUUGUGCCCGGAAACAGACCUCGACCAUUAUUUUGUUGUUGUUUAGUCGUGUCCGACUCUUCAUGACCCCAUGGACCAGAGCACGCCAGGCACUCCUGUCAUACACUGCCUCCCACAGUUUGGUCAGACUCAUGUUCGUAGCUUCGAGAACACUGUCCAACCAUCUCGUUCUCCUUGUGCCCUCAGUCUUUCCCAACAUCAGGGUCUUUUCAAGGGAGUCUUCUCUUCUUAUGUGGUGGCCAAAGUAUUGGAGCCUCAGUGUAAGGAGUGUGUACAGGAGCCAGCCCUGUGACUGGUAGGGCCUUGCAGGUCUGGGGCCUUCCUGAGUUUGGCCUGGAAGGGCAAGGUGCGGCUGCACAAGGUGAGGCUUGACAGAAGACUCGUAGUACCUGGUGGUAAGGGCCGGGAGGGGUAUAUAAGACCAGCAUUUCCCUCUGGCUCUUUACCACAGCAACACACUACCCACCUAGCUGUGCUUCGGCUUCCUGACUCUUGGACCCUUGGCUUCCUGACUCUUGGCUUCCUGACCCCUGGACUGCUGAUUCCUGCUUCCUGAACUCUACCCUGGUCCCGACGUACCAAGCCAGGGUUCCGACUGCCUGUAAUCCAAACCAUGACAGUUUGCUGUGGCCAACCUACGUCCUGGCCACGUUGCCAGAUGGACAGAGCCCAGUCUACAGAUCUCACCACGGUGCUGCAGAACCUUCACACACAGGUAGCUAUGUUCCAGGUGGAGGUUCGAGCAGCCCCGGCUGCAGCCCCAGCUGCAGCCCCAGCCUGAUGUGACCCCAUUCAGGGGGGAGCGUGGGGCCCUUUGGGGUUUCGUGAGCCAGUGCUGGCCACCUGCGCAGCAGUCUGCACAGCAGACUUUCCCACUCCACGGAGUCAGGUGUGCUUCAUGGUUAGCCUUCUCUCAGGUCUGGCACUUUCCUGGGUCACUCCGUAUCUUGAGGCCAAUGACCCCAUGUUCAGGGAGCCCAGACCGCUAAGAUGACCCUGUAGAACCUCCAGCAGGGCACUCGCCCGGUUACUGAGUACGCCACAGAGUUUUGUCAGUAGACUGCGGACACCCUGUGGAAUGAAGCUGCCUGUUGGUUCCACUUCUGCCAGGGACUUCAUCCACGCCUCAAGGACGAGUUGGCGCAGGUGACCCCCCCCCCCAGCAGCCCUGACAGACUUUUUCACGCCUGUCCGAGAGGGAUUCCGAGCGCCGCUUGAGGGGGCCCCAGGAGCCCAGUGCUGCGGUGGGGCUUGAGGAGGAGCCUAUGCAAGUAGGUACCGCCCGCCGCUCUCUCCAGCCAGGAUAAGGGUCAGAGGCAGGCCUUAUGCUUGUACUGCAGAGAGGGAGGCCAUUUCACAGCAGGGGGCCUGGCGAAGAGGUUCGCGUCAGGAAACAACAAGCCCCGGCUGUGCUAGGAGGGGCUCAGCCGGGGCCGAGUCACUGUGCACCCCAUUUCCUGCUCCCUAGCCGCAUUCUCCUUCCCCAGGGGGGCAUGCUGGUCCUGGAGGCAGUGAUUGACUCCGGAGCCUCAUGGACAUCAGUUUCGCCAAGAAGUACCAGGUGGUAAAAGCAUCACCUGUUCCACUGGUGGGCCUGGACGGGACCCCCCUCACAUCGGGACUCAUUAACCAUGAAACCUGUCUGCUGGCCAUGUUGGUGGCACCCUGUCACCAGGAACUGUUAACAUUUGAGCUGGUCCAGACCCCACAUUUUCCGGUGGUCCUCAGGAGCCUCUGGUUGGUCCGGCAUGACCCCGCCAUUUCCUGGGCACAGCGAACCCUGUGUUUCUCAUCAUCUUCCUGCCACAACGUCUGUGUCCAGCCCCCCAUGUUGCCUCCAUCACAGCCAGAACCCGCGCAGUCCCACUGACCAGCCCCCAGUUCUUCCACUUUGCAUGGGACUGCCCCAGACGGGGCAGGGGCCACUGGAUGCCAGCCUAAUCCUGGAGCACUACCGGGAUUUGGUGGAUGUAUUUGAGAAGAAAGGGGCUGAGGUGUUGCCACCUCAUUGGACUUACGAUUGCCCUAUUGACUUGCAGCCAGGAGCAGAUAUUCCCUUUGGCCACAUUUAUGCCUUGUCGGCUCCUAAUCUAGGGGCCCUUUGAGAGGAGCUAGACGACAACCUUGCCAGGGGGUUCACUCCACGUCCCCUGCUGGGGCCGCCAUCUUCUUCGUUAAAAAGAAGGGCAGUGGGCUACAUCCAUGUAUCUACUGCUGAAAGCUGAACCAGGUUACCAUCAAGAAUUGCUACUCCUUGCCAUUAAUUCCUGAAUUGUUCAUGAGGCUGAAUUGUUCAAAAGGCUGGGAUGAAUGGAAAACAGUGUUCUGAACCCAGUAUAGCCAUUUUGAGUACCGAGUCAUGCCCUUUGGACUGUGCAAUGCACCGGCCACGUUCCAGCACUUUGUAAACAACGUUUUUUGUGACUUACUGGACCAGUUUGUGGUCGCGUACUUGGAUGACAUAUUGAUAUUUUCAACGUCCCCAGAGGAGCAUCGCCAGCAUGUCCGUCUGGUCCUGCAGCACCUUAGGUAGCACCGGCUGUAUGCCAAGCUGGAAAAGUGUGUGUUCCACCAGGAGCACAUGGAGUUCCUGAGUUAUAUCAUUUCCCCUGCUGGCCUCCAGAUGGACCCCCAAAAGGUGCAGACAGUGCUGGACUGCAGCCCCCCCCCCCCCGGAAUGUAAAGGGGGUGCAACGAUUCAUCGGGUUUGCCAACUUCCACCGCCACAGGGGUUUUUGCAUGUGGUUGCCCCCAUCUGCACCCUGGUCCGGAAGGACGCCAUGUUCCAGUGGGCGCCAGCAGCGCAAGAGGCCUUCAAGCUCCUGAAGGAGGCUUUUACCUCUGUCCCCAUCCUGGCCCAUCCGGGUUAGGGUUAGGGUUAGGGUUAGGGUUAGGUUUUCAGCAGGGCAAAGCUGAUCCAUGUGUGUUUGUCAAAGAGGAGGGGCAAAACAAACUGUAUUGUUUAUGUUUUGUUGAUGAUCUUCUGAUGUUUUGGAAGAAUCAGGCUUUGUACCAAAGCACCCUAGCUCAGCUGAAGGAGCACUUUGACAUGAAGGAUCUUGGUGAGGUAUCCAACUAUCUUUCUCUGCAGGUGGAGAGGGACCAAGCAGGUAAUUUUCUGGUACACCAAACACAGAAAAUUGCUGAUGUAUUAACCAGGUUGAAUUUGGUUGAUGCAAACCCAGCAGACACACCAAUGGUGACAGGUUACCAGGUAGAUAGUACUGCUGAAGCGUUUUCUGACACUACGCUGUACAGAUGCAUUCUAGGCAAGAUGAAUUUCAUUGCUAGAUGCUCAAGACCUGACAUAGCUGUAAGCACUAACCUGCUUAGCAGACAUGCCAACAAUCCUACUGUUCAGGAUUGGAAAGCUCUGAAGUGCAUAGCCCGCUAUUUGAAAGGGACUUUGCACUACAGGCUGAGGUUCACCAGUCAGAAGACUGGAGGUCUUGAAAUCUUUGCAGAUGCUAGUUUUGGAAGUGACACCACGGAUGGUACAAGCACUUCUGGAGUAUGCUACAUGUACAACCAAUGUCUGUUUGACUGGCUGUGCAAAAAGCAGACGACAGUAAGCCUAAGUUCCUGUGAAGCAGAACUCAAUGCUCUGUCAUUUUCACUCAUGCAUUGUGAAUGGUUGAUGCAACUGUUUAAGGACAUCACAGUUUCUGUGAAAUGUCCUAUACAAGUGUAUCAAGACAAUAGAUCCUGUUUGGCUUUGCUGAACUCAGAGAGUUGCAAGCAAAGAACCAAGUACUUGCAGAUUAAGCUACAUCGUGCAAGAGAGUGUAUUCAGAAAGGACUCAUGCAGGUGUCCUACAUGGCAGGAAAUGAAAUUCCCGCUGAUCUGUUGUCUAAGGUUGUUAACAGAGAACAACUUAAGGUUUAUGUACAGAGGUUGCAAUUGGGUUGAACCACAGGUACUACAGGUUACACGGAAAGGGGGACAAUGUUAGGAUAUUUCCGUUCCACCUUAAAAAGGGAGCAGGUUGUUGCGUCACAGCCUGCGUAUUUCCUGUUCACAGGAAGUUUAUGUUUUGUCUAUUGCUUUCGUUUCUCUCUCUGUGCCUGAGACAUCGAAGCAGGCAGUCAUGUUUUUUCUUUGUUCUGAUCAACGCUGAAUAAAGUUGUAAAUAAUACUCUCCUGAGUGCAUCUUUCGCUGUGCGAACUCUGCUGAUAGAGCGUGCACGAGCUCUGGAAUGUGGCAAGCUAUUUCUUGAGGCUCGUGUCGCUAAUUGACUGAUACUGCGUUUCUACUAGAGAUCGAUGGAUCGUCCGGCAUCGACGUGGGGGCAUGAUGGCCUUUGUCCCCCUGGCAGUAUCCCAACACUUUGUUUUUUUGAUGUUGAGCUUCAGACCGUAAGUUGUGCUCUCCUCUUUCACCCUCAUUAAAAGGUUCUUUAAUUCCUCCUCACUUUCUGCCAUCAAGGUUGUGUCAUCUGCAUAUCUGAGGUUGUUGUUAUUUCUUCUGGCAAUCUUAAUUCCGGCUUGGGAUUCAUCCAGUCCAGCCUUUUACAUGAUGUGUUCUGCAUAUAAGUUAAAUAAGCAGGGAGACAAUAUACAGCCUUGUCGUACUUUCCCAAUUUUGAACCAAUCAGUUAUUCCAUAUCCAGUUCUAACUGUUGCUUCUUGUCGCACAUAGAGAUUUCUCAGGAGACAGAUGAGGUGAUCAGGCUAUAUGCUUUUAAAUGUGCUUGUGAAAGGUAGUGAUGGGCAUUAUUGGUUUGUUUUGUUUUCGUUCUUCUUUUCAUUAUGUAUUUUAUGUUUUGAUCUUCUGUUUUUAUGCUGUGAACCACCCUGAGAGCUAUGGAUAAAUACAAUAUGAUUCAGUUGUAGGUUCAGAAGAAGCAACCCAUAUGAUCAGGGGGCUGCAGCAGUUCUUACAUGAGGAAAGGCCAUGUCAGAGGCUUUUUAGUUUGGGGGGGGAGAAGCAAACAGCGGGUGGUGGGAGUGGAUAUGAUUGAAAUUUACCAAAAAUGAUUUAUGGUGUGGAGAGAAGUGUUUUUAAUUUAUCUGACAUAAUGCUGGAGUCUGGGGUCAUCUAAUGAAAUGGACAGUGGAUCCAAGACCAGAAAAAGGAAGGACUUCUUCACCCAGCAUAUAUGAUUUAUGAACUUGGCUCCCACGUGAAAACGCCAUCAAAAAUGAGUCCAUCAGUGAGCACGAGGCAUGAUGACUCUAUGUUACUUCUAGGUUCAGAAGCAGCAUGCCUUUGAGUUGCCAGUGGCUGGCAAGCACAAAUGAGGAGGGUGCUCUGGUGCUCAGAUCCUGCUUUGGGGCUUGCCCCGGGCAUCUGGUCAGACACUAUAAGAACAGGGGGGUGUUGAAUUAGACGGGCCUUUGAUCUGGUCCAGAAUGCUCUUCUUACAUUUAAGUUUCUGUGUCCCAACUUCACUUCAUUGGUGCCACUCCUAGGAGUUGAGGAGUUUGCAAUAUAAUGAUACCACAUCUAGAAAUGCACUGAAUAGCCUAAUUCUGUUUCAUUCUAAUUUUGCUGCUGCUCAGUCUUAGGUUUUUCAUCCUGUUUUGUGCAGAUGUUUUGGAGGAAUGCAUGAAAAAUCUCUAUUUAAAUUACACAUUUUGCAUGUAUUUGUUAUUUUAAAUGUACAUUUUCAAUGUUUUUCAAUGAACUACAGUUUUAAACCUAAAAUACAUAUUUUCAGGCACAAAGACUGCAUCACAAAAUCUGGAUAAGUAUAUAAUCCAAUUUGGAGUCACAUUCUGAUUUCUUUUGGAGUGUUGGAGCAAGCUGGUCUGUUGCAAAAAGCAAAUUCCUCCUCUAUUCCCAAUCCCAUCACAGGUUUUAUAUUGCUGAGAAGAUAAGAAGAUGCAUGACUGUUGCAUUCAACAAAAACCAUGAAUGUGACAUGACACCGAGUUCCAGCUUCCCAGAAUAGAGAGAGAGAGAGCAGAUAAAAGCCAAUGGCGUUAAAGCAAUAUUCUUGAGACUCAUACUGCUAGGGAACUGGCAUUUGCCUGAACCUGAAAAGAUGUCCAAAUAGGCCCUAGACCUCCAUCCCCUUCCAGUGCCUCUGGGAUAAUGCUAUGGGUUAGGUCAAUGGCCCAUCUAGUCAUAGAAUCAUAGAAUCAUAGAGUUGGAAGAGACCACAAGGGCCAUCGAGUCCAACCCCCUGCCAAGCAGGAAACACCAUCAGAGCACUCCUGACAUAUGGUUGUCAAGCCUCUGCUUAAAGACCUCCAAAGAAGGAGACUCCACCACACUCCUUGGCAGCAAAUUCCACUGUCGAACAGCUCUUACUGUCAGGAAGUUCUUCCUAAUGUUUAGGUGGAAUCUUCUUUCUUGUAGUUUGGAUCCAUUGCUCCGUGUCCGCUUCUCUGGAGCAGCAGAAAACAACCUUUCUCCCUCCUCUAUGUGACAUCCUUUUAUAUAUUUGAACAUGGCUAUCAUAUCACCCCUUAACCUCCUCUUCUCCAGGCUAAACAUGCCCAGCUCCCUUAGCCGUUCCUCAUAAGGCAUCGUUUCCAGGCCUUUGACCAUUUUGGUUGCCCUCCUCUGGACACGCUCCAGUUUGUCAGUGUCCUUCUUGAACUGUGGUGCCCAGAACUGGACACAGUACUCCAGGUGAGGUCUGACCAGAGCAGAAUACAGUGGCACUAUUACUUCCCUUGAUCUAGAUGCUAUACUCCUAUUGAUGCAGCCCAGAAUUGCAUUGGCUUUUUAGCUGCCGCGUCACACUGUUGGCUCAUGUCAAGUUUGUGGUCAACCAAGACUCCUAGAUCCUUUUCACAUGUACUGCUCUCAAGCCAGGUGUCCCCAUCUUGUAUUUGUGCCUCUCAUUUUUUUGCCCAAGUGCAAUACUUUACAUUUCUCCCUGUUAAAAUUCAUCUUGUUUGUUUUGGCCCAGUUCUCUAAUCUGUCAAGGUCGUUUUGAAGUGUGAUCCUGUCCUCUGGGGUGUUAGCCACCCAUCCCAGUUUGGUGUCAUCUGCAAAUUUGAUCAGGAUGCCCUUCAGUCCAUCAUCCAAGUUGUUGAUAAAGAUGAUGAAUAAGACCGGGCCCAAGACAGAACCCUGUGGCACCCCACUAGUCACUCUUCUCCAGGAUGAAGAGGAACCAUUGAUGAGCACCCUUUGGGUUCGGUCAGUCAGCCAGUUACAAAUCCACUGAGUGGUAGCAUAAUCAAGACCACAUUUUACCAGCUUCUUUACAAGAAUAUCAUGAGGCACCUUGUCAAAUGCCUUGCUGAAAUCAAGGUAGGCUACAUCCACUGCGUUCCCUUCAUCUACCAGGCUUGUAAUUCUGUCAAAAAUGAGAUCAGGUUAGUCUGACAUGACUUAUUUUUCAGAAAUCCAUGCUGACUAUUGGUGAUCACAGCAUUCCUUUCUAGGUGCUCACAGACUGUUUGCUUAAUGAUCUGCUCCAGAAUCUUCCCUGGUAUUGAUGUCAGACUGACUGGGCGGUAAUUAUUUGGGUCCUCUCUUUCCCCCUUUUUGAAAAUAGGGACAGAAAAUAGUCCAGAAUCCUAGUUUCACAGUGGCCAACCAGAUGCCUGUUGGAAGCUGGCGACCCAGAUCCAAGCAAAAGAGCACUCUCCCUUUCAGGAGCCCAGGCUGCCGUCUUGAUAACACAGCACGCAAGUUGAAAUUAGCUAGAAGAUUUAUUGCAUUUCUGGGUUUGUUUCCUGUCUAAUACAUUUUCCAUACGUCUACUCUUUGGGCUCAGGGGAUUAAUUGCUGCCUCUUCCGGUGAGGAAAUGCUACCCCCUCCUGCUUUCUGAAGCUGCCUGUGCUUCUUGAGCAAGCUGACUUCUCUCCCUUCCACUCUCUGCUAACGCUUUAUCUAUUGCUUGUCUUCCAGUAGGAAUGUGUACACGCUCAAAGUUCAGGAACCAUUUUAUCCCUCUAUUACUGCCUCCAGCAGUGGCACUUGAAAGGGUGUACAGAAGAGAAGUGGCACCCUCCUGGCAGUGGUGCUGGGCUGGAGAUGUGGUAGCAGCAAGACCUGGGGAUCCCCUGCGUUGCCUCACCCCUGCUCCAUCCCUGUCCCAGAACAUAGCUUCUGUGAGGCUGUGGCUGCCACUUCAUAUGCACACCCUCAUAUGCUGCCCUGUUCCCCCGCCCCUGGAUUUGAAGACACAUUUCUCUGAAGAGUCUUUGGAUGGGUCUUUCCUGGAUGGGUCUGAAGAGCUUUUUGGUUCACAGCACAGCCUAAGAUAGAUUCUGGAACUGAAAGAAUUAGAAGGAGACUGUUAUAAUAUGCACUUGAGCUCAGGGCUGGCCCACCCAUGAGGCAAGGUAGGGGGCAGCACAUUUGGCUUCCAAAGACUAGGAACAUGUGAAUGUUCCUUCCUUUGUUUCUGAUAUAGCUCUCCACUCCCCACCUUGUUCCUGAUGUAGAGCUUCACUCCCUCCACUUCCCUUCUUUCCAGGUUGGGGGUAGGCAAAAUUUUGUGGUUUUCUUCAGGUACCAAAAUGUCUUGAGUCGGUCCUGCUUGAGCUCAUGUUUGGUCUGGGCAAAAUCACAACACAUUUUCAAGCUUGUUUGUGUUCCCCUCCCAGUCCCAUAUUCCUAAAUAGGUAUACUUGAUGAACUUUUGAGGGGUUUUUUUUAAAAAACUUACUUAGGUGGCUUCCUGCUUGUGGAAUGCUCUUCCCAGGAAAGCUUGCCUAGUGUCUUUACUACAUAUCUUUAGGUGUCAGGUAAAAACAUUUCACUUUUCCUAGGCCUUUGGCUAAUUAAAAAAAUCUGUAGCAUUUUAAACUGUAUUUGUGGAUUAUUGUAUUUGUUUUUUACUAUGUUAUGGAAACCCAUAUGGGCGGGGUAUAAAUUAUGAUGAUGAUGAUGUAUUUUUAUGUUUCAAACACCUCUGUGAUCUUCAGAUGAGGGUCAGUAUAGAAAUUUAAUAAAUAAUAAUAAUAAAGUAGUACAUUAAUUUUUUUAAAUUGGCAUAAACUAAGUGCUCCACCUGACCUUUUGUACUGGGAAUGUCAAAGAGAAUUAUUUUCACUAAUCAUGGAUGCGUCCAAGUGUCUUGGAAAAAAUGGGAACAGUGUUAACAAUAUUACUAAAAUGUCUGAUUUACAGCUCCUCCUUGACCACUUGGUUUUGAUGACUCAUACAAGGUUUGGUGAAUGGAUUUCUUAUGAUUGCAACAUCCUGAAUAAGAAAUAAAAAUAUUAGACUCUAGCUGACCUUAACUCUCUUGGAGAAUGGGAAAAUACAUUAUUAUCCCCAAAUUAAUAAUCAGUUAACAUCAGAAGACGGGUGAACAUGCUGUUGCUGCACACCCCAAUCUCUGAGCACUGCAAGAUUUCCAGUGGUUCCAGGAACUUUACUCAGAGUUGGUGCUUCCUUUUGGGAAUGAGGCACAGCAGAGACUGUGGUGUCUUUAUGUGUUUAUUUACACAUAUAUACAACCUAAUCCUACAAUGGAGGGGUUCACAACAUAAUCACUCCAAGAGGGUCUUGCUUCCCCCACAGCAGUAGAUUCAAAACAGAAUCAACCAUCAUGCUCUCAUGGCUCUAGCUUGCCGCCUUUACCCAACUGUAACCUUUUCCCUUCAACUCUAAAAGCUCACCUCAAACUCUGCCUUUGUCUUCUAACUAACUCUGAGUUGAGGGAGGGGCUCAUCCCAUUUGCCAUGUACCACAGAGCCCCAUCUCUUUCCUCAUGGUACGUCACCUUUUGUUCUCCUAAUGGCCCAUGACCCCAGGUGAUUUCCUCAUCACAAAACUGGCCUGGCUUAUAUUUUAACAUUUGCUGAAUCCAAAGGUUCAGUAUCUGGCACCCAGAUAUUCACAACAGGGGAGUCUGAAAUUCAGUACACAGGGGAGUCUGGCACUCACACACGCAUAACAAUACAAUACAAUAGAUUAGUGAAAACUAGAAUAUAUUUUAUUAAUCAUUGAUUUAAACAUGAGUUGAUGUUUAACAUAAUUGCUAUAGUGCAAUAGUCACAAUUUAAAGACAUGGUCCAUCUUCAUCUAUAUAAAAGCAACAAUUUGCACACAUGACACUGGAAACAUUUCGGAAUUCAAACUGAUUGAAUUUCAAACCAAAGCAAUAAAGCACAUCUGCCCCAUUUUUUCUAAAAGAUUAUUAUUUUCGGGGGUAAUUUGAAUUCCUGCAGCAUUUAUUAAUAGCCACAAGUUUAUUCUAUGAGCUUCAUGCUUCAUGCAGAGAACUGACUAAUAUAUGAAAAAGAGGUCUGUAGUGCAAUAAUAACUCUAGCAGAUGAAUAAUUAUAAAAGCUAAUUGGGAUUUAAAGGCACUAAUUUAAUACUUCUGUGCUGCUAGAAAGAGGCUGGAAUAGUUCCAUCAUGAUGAGAUUUAAAGUUCUCAGCUUUCUUUUUUGUUGAAAGGGGGAAAUAGUUAUCUUGAUUUGUUUAAGUAUUUUGAUCACAUUUUGAAAAUCACUGAAUCUGUAAUGGGAGUGCCUGAUCACCUUAUCUGUCACCUGAGAAAUCUCUAUGUGGGACAAGAAGCUACAGUUAGAACUGGAUAUAGAACAACUGAUUGGUUCAAAAUUGGGAAAGGAGUACGGCAAGGCUGUAUAUUUUCUCCCUGCUUAUUUAACUUAUAUGCAGAAUUCAUCAUGCGAAAGGCUGGGCUGGAUGAAUCCCAAGCCGGAAUUAAGAUUGCCGGAAGAAAUAUCAACAACCUCAGAUAUGCAGAUGACACAACCUUGAUGGCAGAAAGUGAGGAGGAAUUAAAGAACCUUUUAAUGAGGGUGAGAAAGGAGAGUGCAAAAUAUGGUCUGAAGCUCAACAUCAAAAAAACGAAGAUCAUGGCCACUGGUCCCAUCACCUCCUGGCAAAUAGAAGGGGAAGAAAUGGAGGCAGUGAGAGAUUUUACUUUUUGGGCUCCAUGAUCACUGCAGAUGGUGACAGCAGUCACGAAAUUAAAAGACGCCUGCUCCUUGGGAGAAAGGCGAUGGCAAACCUAGACAGCAUCUUAAAAAGCAGAGACAUCACCUUGCCAACAAAGGUCCGUAUAGUUAAAGCCAUGGUUUUCCCAUACAUUUCCCAUGUAUGGAAGUGAGAGCUGGACCAUAAAGAAGGCUGAUCGCCAAAGAAUUGAUGCUUUUGAAUUAUGGUGCUGGAGGAGACUCUUGAGAGUCCCAUGGACUGCAAGGAGAUCAAACGUAUCCAUCCUUAAGGAAAUCAGCCCUGAGUGCUCACUGGAAGGACAGAUCGUGAAGCUGAGGCUCCAAUACUUUGGCCACCUCAUGAGAAGAGAAGACUCCUGGAAAAGACCCUGAUGUUGGGAAAGAUGGAGGGCACAAGAAGAAGGGGACGACAGAGGAUGAGAUGGUUGGACAGUGUUCUCGAAGCUACAAACAUGAGUCUGACCAAACUGCAGGAGACAGUGGAAGACAGAAGUGCCUGGUGUCACGAAGAGUCGGACACGACUAAACGACUAAACAACAACAACAAAAUGUACUCAUUUCUCCCCCAGUCUCAGGCUGCAUUCAGUCUUCACAUGCACAUGGGGAAAGGGAAAAACAACAACAAAGAAACAGUCUUUGUGAUUGUGUUGUGCCUAUGGUUGCAGCAAGUCUCUUUUUUGGUGUGGUGCAGGAGCUGAAUGACAUGGCCCCCAAACAAUCUUGAUAACUAUAUGUACAAUGACACCAAGACCUACAUGCAAUCCUACAUGUGACCUCAUUGAGGUUGCUCUUUUAUUUACUCCUCUUUUUUGCAGUGUUUUGUUAAAGUGCAGUGGGAAGAUACAAACAAGCAGGAAACAUUGAAAUGGUCCAGCAAGCUGUUUAUGCCAUAACACUGGAUUUAAUUUGAGAAUUUAAAAGGAAAUUUUGCAGAGGGGGGUUGGUGGUCACAUGGCUAAAAGUCCUGCAGGCAAGGAACCUGAAUGGAAAGGGCAUUUUGAAGAUGUUGGACCCCCAUCCCCAGGUAAUUUGAACAUUUAAUAUACCAGUUCUCCCCCUCCCCAGGGGAGUGAAGCAUUUCACAAAAACAGUGUGUGGGCUUUGCCACAGCAUGGCCACUAAGCUUAUCAUUUGGUUAGGUUUGUGAAAUGUGUACCUCACUUCCCACUAAGUAAGUCCCAAAGCAAUUUAGAACAAAAAAUGUAAAUGUUACAAUAAAACCACAGAAACAUGAUUGAAAGCGGAUUUAACUAUGCAAUAAUAUAUAUAUUAUGGUGCUGCCCCAAAGCUCUGGAAAACAAACAGCUCUCAAUAACCAAAAUGAUGACAUGGUUGGCGCCAGGUUAGCCUCCCUGGAGAGAGCAUCCCAUAAAAAAGGGGCUACUACAGAUAAGGCCUGUUCUUUGGCCCACCUCUCUCCAGAGAGCCCUCAAAUUUUGUGCUUUCAUUCCUGUUGCAAAUGAGUAAGAAGCUUCUUCCUCCCCCUUUUUUUUGCAGCCUGAAGAACCAGUAG